CUCCAGGAUACAGAAGAAACCAUGAAGUGGCUUUUGCUUCUGGGCUUGGUGGCCCUGUCCCAGUGCAGAGUGACCAAGGUUCCUCUGAAGAAGGUGAAGUCCAUGAGGCAAAACCUUAAAGAACAUGGACUUCUGGAGAAAUACCUGGAGAAACAUCCCUACAAUCUGGGCACAAAGUACUUCCCAGGAUUUGGCAACUCAUAUGCUACCGAGCCCUUGCAAAAUUACAUGGAUCUUGAAUACAUGGGCACUAUCUACAUUGGUACUCCACAACAGCAGUUUACUGUUCUUUUUGAUACUGGCUCUUCCAACUUGUGGGUCCCUUCUGUAUACUGUUCCAGUGAAGCCUGCUCAAACCACAACCUCUUCAACCCCCAACAGUCCUCCACCUUCCAGGCCACCAGCCAGAGUGUCUCCAUUACAUAUGGCACUGGGAGCAUGACUGGAAUCCUCGGCUAUGACACUGUCCAGGUUGGAAAUAUUCAGGUCACUAAUCAGAUCUUUGGCCUCAGUGAGACUGAGCCCGGCAGCUUCCUUUAUUAUGCCCCCUUCGAUGGCAUCCUGGGCUUGGCUUAUCCCAGCAUUUCCUCCUCCGGUGCUACUCCUGUCUUUGACAACAUGAUGAGUGAGGGCUUGGUUUCCCAGGAUCUCUUCUCUGUUUUCCUGAGCAGCGAUGAGCAGGGUGGGAGUUUUGUGAUGUUUGGUGGUGUCGACACAUCCUACUAUUCUGGGAGCCUCAACUGGGUGCCUCUCUCUUCUGAGUCCUACUGGCAGAUCACUGUGGACAGCAUCACCGUGAAUGGCCAGUCUGUUGCUUGCUCUGGUGGCUGUCAAGCCAUUGUUGAUACCGGCACUUCCAUGCUGGCCGGUCCUCCUAACGGCAUUGCCAACCUUCAGUACUACAUUGGUGCCAGCCAGGCCUCCAAUGGUGAGUAUGUGAUCAACUGCAAUGCCAUCAACAGUCUGCCUAACGUUGUCUUUACCAUCAAUGGCAUCGGGUUCCCUCUGCCCCCAAGCGCCUACAUAAUCCAGGGCCAAAGCUAUUGCACCACUGGCUUUCAGGGCAUCAACAUUCCUACUCAGUCUGGAGAGCUCUGGAUCCUCGGUGACGUCUUCAUCCGUCAAUACUACAGUGUCUUUGACCGAGCAAACAACCAGGUUGGCCUGGCCCCCGUGGCAUGAGCAUGACAGCAU